AUGCAAUAGAAUCCAAAAAUUCACUUGUCUCUAUUUAAAAAAACGGGUCCUUUUUUAUGAAGGUUUUGCCAAAGUGUCAUUAGUGCCCAGAAUUUAACGCAAUCCACUUCAAUCCAAAUCCCAUACUUAAAAAAAAAAACAACACACAAAGAAAGAAAGAAGAAAAACCUCUCAUCUUCUCUCAAAAAAAUUCUCUCUUUCUGUUAAAGAAAGCUUAAACCUUUCUGGGUUUCUUUAAACUAUGGCUGCUAACUGGACAAGGGUUAUUUUCUUCUUAGCUCUGGUAAUGACGGUGGUGAUUCUUGCUCCUUCUGUCGUCUCCGGCGAAAAUGGUUUCUCCGAUCUUAAAAUCCGUACUCACUUGAAACGACUCAACAAGCCAGCUCUCAAAUCGAUUAAGAGCCCAGAUGGAGAUAUAAUUGACUGUGUUCCAAUCACUGACCAACCAGCUUUUGCUCAUCCUCUGCUCAUUAAUCACACUGUCCAGAUGUGGCCAAGUUUUAACCCAGAAAGUGUUUUUAGUGAGAGUAAAGUUUCAUCAAAAACCAAGAAUCAGCAGUCUAAUUCUAUAAAGCAGCUUUGGCAUGUGAAUGGGAAAUGUCCAGUGAACACAAUUCCCAUCAGAAGAACGAGAAGGCAAGAUCUUUAUCGAGCGAAUUCCGUUGAGAAUUACGGUAUGAAGAAUCAGAAAAGUAUCCCUAAACCUAAAUCUUCUGAGGCACCUAAUGUCCUUACACAAAAUGGUCAUCAGCACGCGAUAAUGUAUGUCGAAGAUGGGAUUUUCUACGGGGCUAAAGCGAAGAUAAAUGUAUGGAAGCCUGAUGUCGAAAUGCCUAAUGAGUUUAGCUUGGCUCAGAUUUGGGUUUUGGGUGGAAAUUUUAACUCUGAUCUUAAUAGUAUUGAAGCUGGUUGGCAGGUCAGCCCACAAUUGUAUGGUGAUAACCGGACCAGACUCUUCACUUAUUGGACUAGUGAUGCAUACCAAGGCACAGGCUGCUAUAAUCUUCUGUGCUCAGGAUUUGUUCAAAUUAAUAGGGAAAUCGCAAUGGGGGGAUCGAUCUCUCCUUUAUCAAACUACGGAAACUCUCAGUAUGACAUUACCAUACUCAUCUGGAAGGACCCAAAAGAAGGACAUUGGUGGUUACAAUUUGGAGAGAAAUACAUAAUCGGAUACUGGCCAGCUUCACUCUUCUCUUACUUAUCAGAAAGUGCAUCGAUGAUCGAAUGGGGAGGCGAAGUGGUUAACUCGCAGUCUGAGGAAGGACAACACACGACCACUCAGAUGGGAAGUGGGAGGUUUGCAGAGGAAGGUUGGGGAAAAGCAAGUUACUUCAAGAACGUUCAAGUAGUCGAUGGAUCGAAUGAACUGAGAAACCCGGAAAAUCUUCAAGUCUUUACUGAUCAAGAGAACUGUUACAAUGUGAAAAGUGGGAAUGGAGGUUCUUGGGGAAGUUACUUCUACUAUGGUGGUCCUGGUCGAAACCCUAAUUGCCCUUAAGAUUUGGUCGACUUACUCACAUUGCAGAUCAUUCCAAAUCAAUUGUAUAAAAACAUAUAAUCUAUAUAUACACAUUCUUAAGUAUAUUAUUAAUUUCAGGUUUGAAGAGUGGUUUAUUGUAUAUUCAAAUUCUGCAGAAUUUGUUUGUUUGUUUGUUUGAGAGUGUUUUCUCUGUUUCCAUGGAGUGAAGAGAAGAUAAAUUUCUUUAAAGAACAUGGUCCCAUGUGUAUACUGAAAUCAAAUGAUCACAUUAUUAAUGAAUAUUGUAUUUAUUGUUGUGUA